CUGCUUCUGUCACCUCCUCUUCACCGUCUCCGUCACCUCCGCCUGCUGACUUGGUGAUUUCCCCAAAUGUCGCGUACAUGGCUGCUGAGCUCGUCAUCGCCUUUCUCUCCACAGUCGGUAAUUUACUGGUCUGUGUUGCCGUGGGCAUCAACCGCAAGCUACGCACUGUCACUAACUACUUCUUGGUUUCACUUGCGGUCGCUGACAUCUGUGUGGGCGCCAUUGCCAUUCCCUGUGCCAUCCUGACUGAUAUUGGUUUACCGCGUCACAGCCUCUACCUGUGUCUUCUCAUGCUGAGUGUUUUGAUAAUGUUCACCCAGAGCUCCAUCUUCUGCCUUCUGGCAGUGGCUGUGGAGCGCUACGUGGCCAUCUUCAUGCCCUUCCGCUACCAGGUCCUGAUGACGUCUCGCAACGCCGUGCUGGUCAUUCUCGCCACAUGGCUCCUGGCCUUUCUCAUCGGACUCGUGCCGCUCAUGGGGUGGCACAAGGCACCACCUGAUUCAGGCUACUGUUUCUUUGUCUUGGUGGUGGACAUGACCUACAUGGUCUAUUUCAACUUCUUUGCUUGUGUGUUGACACCCCUCGUGAUCAUGUUUCUCAUCUAUGCUCAAAUCUUUGUCAUGGUCAAGCAGCAGGUGAGACGCAUCGCAUCUGAGCAAAGCGGCAGAGGGGAGAGGCAAGCGAGGGCUGCGGCGAGCAUGCGGCGCGAGGUGAAGACGGCUACUACGCUUUUUCUGGUUCUUUUCCUCUUCACAAUCUGCUGGAUCCCGCUUCACAUCAUCAACUGCUUCCUGUUGCUCUGCCCACACUGUCCUGUACCACUCAAGCUGCUGCUCACUGCCAUCAUCCUGUCACAUGCGAACUCUGCUGUUAACCCUUUCCUGUAUGCGUACACAAUGACGGCUUUCAGGGACACAUUUAAAGCCAUUUUCUUGUGCUGCAGAAUAGUGGGGGACAGAGAGGCUUCAAACAGGGCUGGUGAUGAUGAUAGAGAGGGUGCUGCGGUCCAAAACGCACACCAGACAUGA